CAUGCGACAGUUUUCCCCCUUCUAAUUCUAAACAUCCGGCGGUUUGUUGUUCGGUUGAUAUCUAGCCAAGUGAGAAGCUACAGAUUAAGGACAGUUGUAUGGUGAUGGAGGGGGAACAACCUCAUGAGGACUGCGCCCAACCCCAGCCCUCCGCGUCCUGCUCCAAGAUGCCAGACAAGCCCCUCUACCAACCCAAGAAGAAGCAGGACGGCCCCAAAGAUAAGGCCCAAACCCAGGGAGACGGCAAACCAAAGCGCAGGCCUCGCUACACGGACAAAGCCCGAAAGAAUGCCAAGAACAAGAAGGACAAAGGAGGGAAGACGGGAGGAGAGGGGAAUGGAGUCCUAAACGGUGAGGCCAAACUGGAGGAGACGGUAGAAGGAGGAGGAGGCGACGCGGGGACACAGAAUGACCGACAGGCUGCUACAGCCAACCAGGGAGGAGAUGGAGAUGUGGGUUCGCGACUGGAGACGGGGAGCAAGAGUUCUCCCUCUGAGAGAGAAGGGGGAUCCCGGGAGGGGCUGGAGGCAGGGUCUCAGGAAGAGGAGGAGAGCUGGGAUGCUCUCUUUGAUGACGAAGGAGAGUGUUUGGACCCCCAUGUGCUAGAGGAGCUGGCCAUAAAGCAGGGCAGGAAGAAGCGGCCGGUGCAGGAGGCCAGGUUUGACUACUACAGCUUGGAUCAGGACAGAGAGGGGGACGGUGACGCUGAGCUCAGGGAGGAUGAGCUGUCUAACAUCAUAGAAAUCUACGACUUCCCCACAGAGUUUAAGACUGAAGACCUGGUCAAAUCCUUCCAGGCCUACCAGCAGAGAGGCUUUGACAUCCAGUUUGUGGACGAUACUCACGCCCUGGCUCUCUUCAACAGCCCCAUAGCAGCUCGAGAGGCUCUGAGGACCAAACACCCGCUGUUGAAGGUCAGGUCUCUGGCUAAAGCCUCCGUCACCACCAGGGCCAAGGCUCGCAGCUGCUCAGACUACCUGCUCCCUACUAAGGAGCGCCCCCAGACCAGUGCAGUGUUGGCCCGCAGGCUGGUGAUGGGGGCGCUGGGCGUCAAGAGUCCCCAGAGCAAAGAGCACCGGGAAGCAGAGAGAAAAAAACUGCAAGAUGCCAGAGAGCAGAAGCGUCUGGCAGCUAAACAGAGAGACGACGCCUGGGAAGGGAAAGCCUGACGGAGAGGAACCACUUCCUGGCUUCUGCCCUCCAUCCCAUCCUCCCUUCACCGUAGGGACUAGACCCUCUGCCCUCCAUCCCAUCCUCCCUUCACCGUAGGGACUAGACCCUCUGCCCUCCAUCCCAUCCUCCCUUCACCGUAGGGACUAGACCCUCUGCCCUCCAUCCCAUCCUCCCUUCACCGUAGGGACUAGACCCUCUGCCCUCCAUCCCAUCCUCCCUUCACCGUAGGGACUAGACCCUCUGCCCUCCAUCCCAUCCUCCCUUCACCGUAGGGACUAGACCCUCUGCCCUCCAUCCCAUCCUCCCUUCACCGUAGGGACUAGACCCUCUGCCCUCCAUCCCAUCCUCCCUUCACCGUAGGGACUAGACCCUCUGACCUCCAUCCCAUCCUCCCUUCACCGUAGGGACUAGACCCUCUGCCCUCCAUCCCAUCCUCCCUUCACCGUAGGGACUAGACCCUCUGCCCUCCAUCCCAUCCUCCCUUCACCGUAGGGACUAGACCCUCUGCCCUCCAUCCCAUCCUCCCUUCACCGUAGGGACUAGACCCUCUGCCCUCCAUCCCAUCCUCCCUUCACCGUAGGGACUAGACCCUCUGCCCUCCAUCCCAUCCUCCCUUCACCGUAGGGACUAGACCCUCUGCCCUCCAUCCCAUCCUCCCUUCACCGUAGGGACUAGACCCUCUGCCCUCCAUCCCAUCCUCCCUUCACCGUAGGGACUAGACCCUCUGCCCUCCAUCCCAUCCUCCCUUCACCGUAGGGACUAGACCCUCUGCCCUCCAUCCCAUCCUCCCUUCACCGUAGGGACUAGACCCUCUGCCCUCCAUCCCAUCCUCCCUUCACCGUAGGGACUAGACCCUCUGACCUCCAUCCCAUCCUCCCUUCACCGUAGGGACUAGACCCUCUGACCUCCAUCCCAUCCUCCCUUCACCGUAGGGACUAGACCCUCUGCCCUCCAUCCCAUCCUCCCUUCACCGUAGGGACUAGACCCUCUGCCCUCCAUCCCAUCCUCCCUUCACCGUAGGGACUAGACCCUCUGCCCUCCAUCCCAUCCUCCCUUCACCGUAGGGACUAGACCCUCUGCCCUCCAUCCCAUCCUCCCUUCACCGUAGGGACUAGACCCUCUGCCCUCCAUCCCAUCCUCCCUUCACCGUAGGGACUAGACCCUCUGCCCUCCAUCCCAUCCUCCCUUCACCGUAGGGGACUAGACCCUCUGCCCUCCAUCCCAUCCUCCCUUCACCGUAGGGACUAGACCCUCUGCCCUCCAUCCCAUCCUCCCUUCACCGUAGGGACUAGACCCUCUGCCCUCCAUCCCAUCCUCCCUUCACCGUAGGGACUAGACCCUCUGCCCUCCAUCCCAUCCUCCCUUCACCGUAGGGACUAGACCCUCUGCCCUCCAUCCCAUCCUCCCUUCACCGUAGGGACUAGACCCUCUGCCCUCCAUCCCAUCCUCCCUUCACCGUAGGGACUAGACCCUCUGCCCUCCAUCCCAUCCUCCCUUCACCGUAGGGACUAGACCCUCUGCCCUCCAUCCCAUCCUCCCUUCACCGUAGGGACUAGACCCUCUGACCUCCAUCCCAUCCUCCCUUCACCGUAGGGACUAGACCCUCUGCCCUCCAUCCCAUCCUCCCUUCACCGUAGGGACUAGACCCUCUGACCUCCAUCCCAUCCUCCCUUCACCGUAGGGACUAGACCCUCUGCCCUCCAUCCCAUCCUCCCUUCACCGUAGGGACUAGACCCUCUGACCUCCAUCCCAUCCUCCCUUCACCGUAGGGACUAGACCCUCUGCCCUCCAUCCCAUCCUCCCUUCACCGUAGGGACUAGACCCUCUGACCUCCAUCCCAUCCUCCCUUCACCGUAGGGACUAGACCCUCUGCCCUCCAUCCCAUCCUCCCUUCACCGUAGGGACUAGACCCUCUGCCCUCCAUCCCAUCCUCCCUUCACCGUAGGGACUAGACACACCUCUGUUCCCUCCCUCCCCCCUACACAGGGCAGCUGUACUGAAGCCACACUGGACUGAACUGAACUCAGCCAAAGCUCAGAGUUUGUUAGCAGAAGAUUUUCUCUUGGAACCUGAUCAGCUUUAGAUGAAUCAUCACUACUAACAUUGAUAACAGGGUCAUAUGGCGGUUAGGGGUCAUAUGGCGGUUAGGGGUCAUACCUGAACGCUUGUUCAAAACGGUUUGCUACGGUGUCCACUAAUGAAUACAACCCUGGUCCAUACAACGUAAAGGGUGGAGAAUAUAGUAUGUGUUCAGAGAGGCUCCCAUGCAGGGUAACCAGGGUUAUUAUGGAUGUGUUCAGAGAGGCUCCCAUGCAGGGUAACCAGGGUUAUUAUGGAUGUGUUCAGAGAGGCUCCCAUGCAGGGUAACCAGGGUUAUUAUGGAUGUGUUCAGAGAGGCUCCCAUGCAGGGUAACCAGGGUUAUUAUGGAUGUGUUCAGAGAGGCUCCCAUGCAGGGUAACCAGGGUUAUUAUGGAUGUGUUCAGAGAGGCUCCCAUGCAGGGUAACCAGGGUUAUUAUGGAUGAGCGAAUAGUUCAGGGAUGCGCUGCGGGGUAUUCCACCCGCCCAGCACGAAAACACCUGCUGUGCUGAUUCAACUAAUUCAUGAAGAAUAGUUUCAUUAGUUUUUUUAGUGGUGGGCUGGAACAAAACCCUGCACACAUACAGCACACUGUUGGCCCUGUGUAAGACGUGAUGUGGUCAACAACCACCAGCGGGAUACUAGACAGGACAGUGUGACAGUUAAACGGUAAGGUGGUGUACCCUCCAGGGUUGGGGUCAGUUCCAUUUAGAUUCCAGUCAGUUCAGCAACUAAAUCACAUUCCAAUUCCACAUUAUCCUUAUUGAAAAGCAUUGAGGAGAAUUGGAAUUUCGGUCUACUUCUGAAUUGACUGGAAUUCAAAUGAAACUGACCCCAACCCUGAUACCCUCCUAUUCUGUUUUUAUUUACUUUUUAUAUCGUUUUAUUACCAGCUGAUGGGGAGGAGCUAAUUAUGACCUAAUUUAUGUUACAUGUAUUAAUCUUAUAAAAAAUAAUCAGUCAGGAAGUGUAUCUUGAAUCAUCCUCCCCCAGUUUCUGCUCGUGUUAAAGCACACUGUUAGGUUAGGGGCAGUGUGUCAAGCGUCUGAGUAUGAGAGCUGAUCUAGGACCAGGACCCAACCUGUCCAUGUAAUCUUAUUAGUUGUGUUCUAAAAGGCAAAACUGAUCCUAGAUCAACACUUCUACCCUGAGACGAAUGAGACAGCUAUCUUAACGGCUUAAUAAUGAUGAGAGGGGACCGAUACACCAAAUAACAUUAUGAUGAUGUUUCUGUUUCCAUUGCACCCUAAUGUUUGUAAAAAUGUUUUUGUAAAAACAAUGUAUUUUCUUUUCCUAUUGUAUUGUUCAGUGAACAGGGUUUGUCACUGUUUUUCUCUUAUUGGUGGUUUAAUAAAUCAUUUUUAAACUCUU